AUGUCCGAACAAAGCAAACCUCCGGCUCCGCGAAUAGCAAUCAAGUUCGGCGCUCCUAUGAACAAAAACAGCUCGAAGAAAGCUUCAGAACCAAAUCCACCCUCGUUGCUAGGGAAGCGACCACGAUCACACGCUUUAGGAGGCGCCUCCGACUCUGAGGAUGAUGAGGAUGAGCAUCGAGGACGGCAUGAGAAGAUCACGGGCUUUGGAUUGGGCGGAGCGGAGACGGAGCGCAAGGCCAAAGAUUCGACAACGGAGAAGAAGGACUAUGUGAUUGCCCGACAACCAAAUCACGACUGGAGAUCAGAGGCCAAAGCUCAGAGGAAGAGCAAAAAUUCGCUGCCCGAGGAGGCAAGAAGGCAGCAAAACAACACAACUGUCGAGACGGAACCUGCGGAUCAGGACAAGGGACUUAAAUGGGGUCUGACGAUUAAGGACAAGACUGAAGACGAGAACAAGGAUGUUGAAUUAGAGUCUAAGGAGGAGCCAGUCUCCAACGAACACGACCCAAAACAGCCACCACCCAAACGAACAGCAGAUGACGAAGCAAUGGAUGCUCUGUUAGGUAACAAGGAGGGAGACGAAAAGAUCAUCCAUCCAACGGAAGAGGACGCCUACCGUCGCGACAUUCAAGAAGCAGGAGAGACAUCCACGCUCGAUGACUAUGAAGCCAUGCCAGUGGAAGAAUUCGGCGCAGCUCUUCUCCGCGGAAUGGGCUGGGACGGGAAACCUCGCGGCACAGUUAAGCAAGUCAAGCGACGUCCGAAUCGAAUCGGCCUUGGUGCUAAGGAGCUCAAAGGUGAAGAGGACUUAGGUGGCUGGAACCAGAAUGGAAAGAAGCACAGGCGACCGCGCUUGGACGAGUAUCGCCGCGAGGAGAGCAAGCGAAAGGAGGGUCGUCGCCAUGAGGAUAGUUACAAGCGCGAGCGUGAGCGUGAACGCGAACGUGAGAGGGAUCGAGACAGCAGACAUGGACAUCGUGGCCGAGACCGCGAUCAUGAUCGUGAUCGGAACAGAGACUACGACCGGCAUCGAAGCCAUCGAGACUAUGACCGACGACGGUAA